GUACACCAGAAAGCCUGGCAGAAAAAGAGCGACAGCUCUCUACUAUGAUCACCCAGCUGAUCAGCUUACGGGAGCAGCUCCUGGCUGCCCAUGAUGAACAGAAAAAGCUGGCAGCCUCACAAAUUGAAAAACAACGGCAGCAAAUGGACCUUGCUCGCCAACAGCAAGAACAGAUUGCAAGACAACAGCAGCAACUUCUGCAACAGCAGCACAAAAUCAAUCUACUGCAGCAGCAAAUUCAGGUUCAGGGUCACAUGCCUCCGCUUAUGAUCCCAAUUUUUCCACACGACCAGCGGACACUGGCAGCGGCUGCUGCAGCCCAGCAGGGAUUCCUCUUCCCCCCAGGAAUAACUUACAAGCCAGGUGAUAACUACCCUGUGCAGUUCAUUCCAUCAACAAUGGCAGCUGCUGCUGCUUCUGGACUCAGCCCUUUACAGCUCCAG